GCAACGCGGCUGCAGUUUUCAAACCUCAACUGUAAGCUUCGGUCACCGUCUCCGCUGCCAUCGCCGGGAGCCACCUCACAGGGGAACAGUUCACAACUGUUGGCCGUUGUCCAGAAGAGUAAAAGUGGGUCCUGCCACGCUCGGAGCUACCUGGCGCCUCACCGGGCUAGAGCUGGAGAACAAGUCGUGUGGUGGCCACCGGCGUGGGGCGGGACGGGAGCCCCCUUGGAGGGGGCAGCCCCGAGAGAACCUGCUGCGGCCCGAGCGGUAAAAAUAAGUGAUUAAAGAAGCAUAUCGGAGUCAUCUAACAUGUCGAGGAGAAGAUUUGAUUGCCGAAGUAUUUCAGGCUUGAUAACUACAACUCCUCAAACUCCAAUGAAAAUGGAAAACUUUAAUAAUUUUUAUACACUUACCUCUAAAGAGCUGGGAAGAGGAAAAUUUGCUGUGGUUAGACAGUGUAUAUCAAAAUCUACUGGCCAAGAAUAUGCUGCAAAAUUUCUAAAAAAGAGAAGAAGAGGGCAGGAUUGUCGAGCAGAGAUUCUACAUGAAAUUGCCAUACUUGAAUUGGCAAAGUCUUGUCCUCAUGUAAUUAAUCUUCAUGAAGUCUAUGAAAAUGCCAGUGAAAUCAUUUUGAUACUGGAAUAUGCUGCAGGUGGAGAAAUUUUCAACUUGUGUUUACCUGAGCUGGCUGAAAUGGUUUCUGAAAAUGACAUUAUCAGACUCAUUAAACAAAUACUUGAAGGAGUUUGUUAUCUACAUCAGAAUAACAUUGUUCACCUUGAUUUAAAGCCACAGAAUAUAUUACUGAGCAGCAUAUACCCUCUUGGAGAUAUAAAAAUUGUAGAUUUUGGAAUGUCUCGAAAAAUAGGGAAUGCUUGUGAACUUCGGGAAAUCAUGGGAACGCCAGAAUACUUAGCUCCAGAAGUCCUGAACUAUGAUCCUAUUACCACAGCAACAGAUAUGUGGAAUAUUGGCAUAAUAGCAUAUAUGUUAUUAACUCGUACAUCUCCAUUUGUGGGAGAAGAUAAUCAAGAAACAUACCUCAAUAUUUCUCAAGUUAAUGUAGAUUAUUCAGAAGAAAUUUUUUCAUCAGUUUCACAGCUGGCCACAGACUUUAUCCAGAGGCUUUUAGUAAAAAAUCCAGAGAAAAGACCAACAGCAGAAAUCUGCCUGUCUCAUUCUUGGCUACAGCAGUGGGACUUUGGAAACUUAUUUCACCCUGAAGAAACUUGCAGUUCCUCUCAAAGUCAAGAUCAUUCAUUAAGGUCCUCUGAAGACAAAACUUCUAAAUCUUCUUGUAAUGGAACCUGUAGUGAUCGAGAAGACAAAGAGAAUAUUCCAGAGGAUAGUAGCAUGGUUUCUAAAAGAUUUCGCUUUGAUAACUCAUUGCCCAAUCCCCAUGAACUUGUUUCAGAUUUGCUGUGUUAGCACUUCUCUUUUUGAGUUAUUUGGACUGAAUUUGGAAUUUGAAAUCUACUCCAAUGUGAGAUUGUAGUUUGUAGCUUCAUUUAUGGCUUGUUUAUAUUGUAAAUGCACUUUUGCAUAGGAGAGUUUAGAGAAGUGUUUUGAUGCUAAAUUACUAGUUACCAGUAUAAUUUCAUUUCCUGUUCUGAUACUAACUCUGCAGAGAAGAAAUAUUUAAAUAUAUGACAAAAGAUAAAGUUGUGCAUGUGAGUUUACAUGUUAAUGAAAUAAUUCAAGUUCAAAUGGGUUUUUCAAAAUGUUUUACAGAUAAGGAAAACAGUGAUUUGGGUUAUGUUAUGGUUGAAAUAAACUGAACAAAAUGAAGACAUUUGAAUUUAAUAGGCUCUCUAAGCUAAGUCCUAUACCACGCCUCUAUUGACAAAAUUUUGUUAGGAUAAUAGUGUCAAGUUUAAGAAGAAUAUGUCCUAUUUUAUAGAUGCUCAAGGGAUAUUUUACAUUUGAAAAUAUUUCAAUUACAAAUAUUUUGAAACUGCCUAAAAUUUCCAGGAUAUAUGGUCUGCUAUAUGAGACAGGUCCUUUAACCAGAGCAAAGAGGGAGUUAGAAACCUGAUUAGGAAUACUCUAUACAAGUUGGAGCAGAAAAAAGAGCAGCGUGCCAUCAUUUUUUAACUCAGAUGUCUUUUGCCCUCUCUCAACACUCUUCAGAUUUAAUAAGGUCUGAAAGAUGGAGAAUUAGAUGGUACACAAGUGUAGAGGAUUUUCAUCUUCCAGAAUUUCUGGAGUAGAAGAUACUUAAAUAAAACAAUGUGCUCUAUUUUGGGUGGCCAAACAUAUUUAUUAUUUGAGUAUAGGAAAAAAAUGCUGCCUGAUUUUGGAUUUUUUUAGAUGUUUUCUGAGUCUUAGGAUAUAAGCCAGUCAUUCAGAGUUCUAAAAGUGUGCAUAAAAAAAUAUCACAGCCCAGUUAGGACUAUUGACUCAGGACCAGAGUCCGUGACAGCAAGGUGAAUGUGAUCAUAAAACCUGAUGACAUCACGCACUUCUCAAGUGCUUUUGUAGAAUUCCAGUGAGUGAUGGGGCUCAGCAGAAGGCAAUCUGCCAGGUGGCCUUUAAUGGUCUUUUGCUGGGACCAAUGUUACAGAUUCAAAGGUCAGCAGAGUGGCUGAUGACUGUUGUGCUAAUAGAGGGAAAUUUACUCCUUUUUUGGUUGUCUUUGAUGACUUUGCACCUGGUUACUAUUAAAGAUUCUGUUAUAUUAUCAUGUUAGGAUAAUUGUAACCUCAUUACCAUGUUACUACAUUAAAAGAAAUUGUAUUUUGACAAAAAAAAUUCUUGAGUUCCUCCCCCCUUGAAUUAUAUAUUACUCUAAACCUUUAGCUUUCUGAAAUUUGGUAAGAUUCCAAAUAACUUAAAACUGUUUUUAAUAGCCAUCAGUUCACUUUAUUUGGCUAAAUGGCGACUUCCUUUUAAAUCUUCAGCAUUUCUUAAAGGAAAAGUUAUUUCUACUUGUGUGUGCAUAUGUGUAUAUGUAUAGGCUAUGUAUUUAUGUAUAGAUAGAUAAAAUAUAGUCUUUAGACAACUUUCUCUUAGAGAUUCUUUGCUCUACUAUAUUGUGUUCAACUCAGGUGCCAAAGGAGCUCUCUUCUUAUGGACAUGUAAAUAUACAUUGAAAUUCUUUAAGAAGUAGUUUGUUGUUCAAUAAACUAGGCAUUGCAGAA